AUGCCACCUGCCAGUGCCCAUCAGUGCCACAUCAAUGCCACAUAUCAGUGCCUACCAUGUCACCUAUCAGUGCCACCUAUCAAUGCCAGUCAGUGCCACCUAUCAGUGCUGCCAAUCAGUGCCACCUAUCAGUGUCAGUCAGUGCCGCCUAUCAGUGCCAGUCAGUGCUGCCUAUCAGUGCACAUCAGUGCCGCCUAUCAGUGCCCGUCAGUGCUGCCUAUAAGUGCCGCCUAACAGUGGCAGUCAGUGCCACCUAACAGUGCUAGUCAGUGCCAGCUAUCAGUGCCAUAUAUGAGUGCUUCCUUUCAGUGCCCAUCAGUGAUGCCUAUCAAUGCCCAUCAGUGCCACCUACUAGUGCCUCCUCAUCAGUGCCUAUCAGUGCAGCCUAUCAGUG